GCCCCGUGGAGCUGGCGCUCGCUCAUUCAGUUUUCUAGAGAGAUCUGAGCCGGAACCCGGGAGCCGGGAGAUCUUUCUCGCCCACCCAUCUCAGCAGCAAGGACAUCUACAGGGGGAAAAACCCACCCCACGCAGCCCUCCGCCGCCCCACGGCAGCUGCCGGCGCUGUGCAGUAAGUGAUGGAAUAAACAACACUUUCCUUUGGAUGGAUUAUCCUACAUGUGAACUGCCUGUUACUCUUCCUGCAAGAACAGGAAAAGCCCUUUGCUUUUGUUUGGUAAAUAUCAGCCUGAUGGGAAAAAGCAUCUGAAUGGCUCACACUCAUAGCGGACCAUCAGUUGAAUGGGAUCAGCACUUCUACUAAAGUAUCCGAAUUUAAGGAUUUGGAAAAGAGUUUUUUGCAGAGAUGACCCAUUUACAAGCUGGACUUAGUCCAGAGACUAUAGAGAAAGCCCGCCUGGAACUGAAUGAAAACCCAGACAUUUUGCAUCAGGAUAUCCAGCAAGUCAGGGACAUGAUUAUCACAAGGCCUGACAUCGGGUUUUUACGUACAGAUGAUGCCUUCAUCUUGAGAUUUCUCCGAGCCAGAAAGUUUCACCAAACUGAGGCCUUCAGACUGCUGGCUCAGUACUUCCAGUACCGCCAGUUAAACCUGGAAAUGUUCAAAAACUUCAAGGCCGACGAUCCAGGAAUCAAACGGGCUCUGACAGAUGGGUUCCCAGGAGUACUGGAAAAUCGCGACCACUGUGGCAGGAAGAUUCUUCUGCUUUUUGCAGCCAACUGGGAUCAGAGAACUCUUUCAUAGAUAUCCUUCGAGCUAUUCUACUUUCCUUAGAAGUGCUCAUCGAAGAUCAGGAGCUUCAGAUAAAUGGCUUCAUUCUAAUUAUAGACUGGAGCAACUUCUCUUUCA